AUGUGCCGGCCUGCGCUCGCCCGGCUGCUGCUCCUCCAGCUGCUGCUGCUGAAGCUGUACCUCGGCAAAGGAGCCGUGAAGGAGUGCGAAAAGGACCAGUUCCAGUGCCGGAACGAGCGGUGCAUCCCCGCCGUCUGGGCGUGCGACGAGGACAACGACUGCUCGGAUAACAGCGACGAGGCGGAUUGCCCAAAGAAAACUUGUGCUGAGUCGGAUUUCGCUUGUGACAACGGCCACUGCAUCCCAGAUAGGUGGAAGUGUGACGGUGAAGAAGAAUGUUCUGAUGGGUCGGAUGAAUCAGAAGCAGCAUGCACCAAACAAGUGUGCCCAGCUGAAAAAAUUAGCUGUGGAGACUUAAGCAACAAAUGUAUCCCGUCGUCCUGGAGAUGUGAUGGGCAGAAGGACUGUGAAAGCGGUAUUGAUGAGGCUGGUUGUGCUCCUGCUUGUUCUCCUGAUGAGUUCCAGUGCAGUAACAAGACGUGCAUCUCCAUCAACUUCGUGUGUGAUGGUUACAACAACUGUGGUGAUGGCAGCGAUGAAAGGAAAUGCUCCCCUCUGACCUGCAGCCCCAAUGAGUUCCAGUGCAACAACAGCGUGUGCAUCCCAGAGCUGUGGGUCUGUGACAACCAGGCAGACUGUGAGGACCAUUCAGAUGAGUCUGUAGAGAGGUGUGGCUACGAUGCCAAGGCCUUCAACACCUGUGCUGCUCACGAGUUCCAGUGUGGCAAUGGCGAAUGCAUCCUCCUUAACUGGAAGUGUGAUGGGGACGAAGACUGCAAGGACAAGUCUGAUGAGCAGGACUGCCCUCUGGUGACCUGCAGACCGGAUGAAUUUCAGUGCGGGGAUGGGACCUGCAUCCAUGGAGCAAAGCAGUGUGACAGAGUGCACGACUGUCCUGACAACAGUGACGAGGCAGGCUGUGUCCAAGAGUCAGCAUGUGAAAGUCCCAGCAAGUUUCAGUGUAAGAGUGGAGAGUGCAUUGACGGAGGCAAAGUGUGCGAUUCACAUAGAGACUGCAGGGACUGGUCUGACGAGCCUCUGAAAGAAUGUGGUAUUAACGAAUGCUCUGUGAACAACGGUGGUUGCUCACACAUAUGCAAAGACUUGAAGAUAGGCUACGAAUGUGAAUGCCCGCCCGGAUACAAGCUUCUGGAUAAAAAGACGUGUGGAGACAUAGAUGAAUGUGAGAAUCCAGACGCUUGUAGCCAGAUCUGCAUUAAUUACAAGGGGGACUACAAAUGUGAGUGCUACGAGGGAUACGAGAUGGACACCCUGUCCAAAAACUGCAAGGCUGUAGGAAAGAGUCCCUACCUCAUCUUCACCAACCGCCACGAGGUCCGUAAGAUAGACCUGGUGAAAAGGGACUACUCUCGCAUCAUUCCCAUGCUGAAAAAUGUCGUGGCACUGGAUGUGGAGGUGGCAACAAACAGAAUAUAUUGGUGUGAUUUGUUCUACCGAAAAAUCUACAGUGCAUACAUAGACAAAGCCAGCGACACAGCGGAGCAGGUGAUUCUGAUAGACAGCCAGCUGAACUCUCCGGAAGGGCUGGCGAUUGACUGGGUUCAUAAGAAUAUCUACUGGACGGAUUCUGGAAACAAGACUAUCUCAGUGGCCACUGCAGAUGGGAGCAGGAGGAGGACACUUUUUAACAGCGACCUCAGUGAGCCGAGAGCCAUUGCUGUUGAUCCCACACGGAGGUUCAUGUACUGGUCUGACUGGGGAGACAAAGCGAAGAUUGAGAAAGCAGGCCUCAAUGGUGUGGGGCGGCAAGUGCUGGUGUCUGACAACAUUGAGUGGCCAAAUGGCAUCACGCUUGAUUUGCUGAAUCAGCGUCUCUAUUGGGUGGACUCCAAAUUGCAUUCACUCUCCUGCAUUGAUUUCAAUGGCAGCAACAGAAAAGUUCUGAUUUCUUCUGUUGAUGAUCUGAGCCAUCCUUUUGGCUUGGCAGUGUUUGAGGACAGAGUGUUCUGGACUGACCUGGAGAAUGAAGCAAUCUUCAGUGCCAACAGGCUGAGUGGCUUGGACAUCUCUGUUUUAGCAGAAAAUCUCAAUAAUCCUCACGACAUCGUUGUAUUUCAUGAAUUAAAGCAGCCCAAAGCUCCAGACUCCUGUGAGCUCAGCCCCCAGCCAAACGGAGGCUGUGAGUAUUUGUGUCUUCCUGCACCUCACAUCUCUCCCCAUUCCCCCAAGUACACGUGUGCCUGUCCUGACAACAUGUGGCUGGGUCCUGACAUGAAAAAAUGCUACAAAGAUCUUCCAACUACUCCAGCUACCACAGUGGUUCCUACAACCACAGCAUCUCAUCCUGUCACUGCCUCCACUGUGACUGUAACUGGCAGAGCCAACACCACCACCGCCGUCGUCCCCAGAGCUGUAUCAGAAGCCACGACUGCCACCCCGAGUUCUCAUUCAACCACAUCCAUCCUCAUCGAUUCUGAGAUGACCACUGGAAACAGCAACUUGUCACAGCACUAUUCGAAUAAUGGCCAAGGCUUUGAUUCAACUGUGACAGCAGCUGUUAUUGGAAUUGUCAUUCCUGUUGUGGUUAUUGGCUUGCUGUGCAUGGGGGGAUACCUCAUCUGGAGAAACUGGAAACGGAAGAACACUAAAAGCAUGAAUUUUGAUAAUCCAGUAUAUAGGAAGACAACAGAAGAGGAAGAUGAAGAUGAAAUCCAUAUUGGUCGGACUGCCCAAAUUGGACAUGUCUAUCCAGCACGUGUAGCACUGAGCUUAGAAGACGAUGGGUUGCCGUAAGGACAGAGUUGCUGCUUCAACCAGAACGCACCGAACAAGUUUUCUUUGGAUCACAAAACCUGCUUCUUUAUUUGAAUCAUUAUUUAUGUUGCAGAAGGGUAACCACAGAGUUAUAAUGAACUGCAAACAUCCAAAGGAUGUGAGAGUUUUGUAUGUAUAAUCUUUUAUACACAUUUUAACUUGUUGCACUACCCAUUUGUGAUAGUCAAUAAGCAACUGCUGAGCUACUAACUCAAUGUACAUAACCAGCAGGCUGACGGUUCAGUAGCUACUGCUUUAUUUUAAGACUAUAUUUAUAGAUAUUUUGUAAAUAUACUGAAUAUGCUUUGUGGCUAUCCAUCAACAUAAGUAAAAUAAGUCCUGUACAGACCGUUUAGAAAUAUUUAUUAACAAAAUCUGGAUUAUAAGAUCUGAUCUGUAAAUAUAGUAGAGGGGUGAGAGUAUUUAUUUUUUGUAUGUUUGGCU